UUUCAGGUGAAGCCGAGGAGCUUACUUUUGUCUUCAGAGAAAGUUUCACGGAACAAUCAACUCUCUUGUCGUUUCUGGGUAUAAUUCGCUUGACGCUCAUUUUCCUUAAUCGUUUUAAUUGCGUAUUUGUCAUUCAGCUGAACUGUGUGGACAGUGGUAUUAUUCUGUCUGUUAGCUGCUAGAGGUAUUCAAAUCACACACCGAAAUGGCCGAAAGCAAGGAUGAACUCGUUCAACGCGCCAAGCUUGCCGAGCAGGCUGAGCGAUACGACGAUAUGGCUCAGUCGAUGAAACGAGUCACCGAAUUGGGUGCCGAACUUUCCAAUGAGGAGCGUAAUUUGCUUUCGGUUGCCUACAAAAAUGUAGUCGGGGCAAGACGCUCGUCAUGGCGGGUGAUAUCAUCAAUUGAACAGAAGACUGAAGGUUCGGAGAAGAAGCAACAGAUGGCAAAAGAAUAUCGUGAAAAGGUUGAGAAGGAACUGCGAGAUAUUUGUCAAGAUGUUUUGAAUCUUCUGGACAAAUAUCUCAUUCCGAAAGCAGGUAAUCCUGAGUCGAAGGUGUUCUACUUAAAAAUGAAGGGUGAUUACUACCGAUAUCUGGCCGAAGUUGCAAGUGGAGAUGAUCGCGACGUGGUAGUGAAGAAGUCACAGGAUUCCUACCAAGAAGCAUUCGAUAUCGCGAAGGACAAAAUGCAGCCCACACAUCCGAUCCGGCUUGGGCUUGCACUCAAUUUUUCGGUAUUCUACUACGAGAUAGUGAAUGCGCCAGACAGUGCCUGUCAACUUGCUAAAAAGGCAUUUGAUGAUGCAAUUGCUGAAUUGGACACCCUAAGUGAGGAAUCCUACAAGGACAGUACGUUAAUCAUGCAGCUCCUUCGUGACAACCUUACGCUGUGGACAUCGGAUACUAGCGCGGACGAUCAGGAAAGUGGUGGGCAAGCCGGUGGAGCAGGUGGCAAUUAAGCGGGAAGAACAAACAAACUGAGAACUAAGGCCACAUUACCGUCGCUGUCUUUUCCAAAUGAUCGUUCUUCGUGUUCUUUUUUUUUGAACUUGUUUUUUUGGUUUGAUGAAUAAUUAUAAGUUUCCAGUUGUUUUGCGUAAAACAAUCAGUUUCAUCCAUGAUAUGUGUUGAAAACAUGUCCAUGUAUUUUUUCGUCUACAGGUAAUUGUUUUUGUCGACAGGUCGACGCCCUUUAUAACGCACUGCGGUAUUUUUGAGCUUUUUGGAUUAUGACAGACAACCUGCAAUAUUUGCAUGUUUAUUCCAUUAUAUGAAAAACACGGCUAGAGAAUUUUGACUGGUCGAAGAUUAUUACUCGGAUAUUUGUGUCACCUAGUUGUUUCUCUUUACUUAUUCUGAAUAGCAUUCGAAAAGUUUAGCCUAUUCUGCUUAAGUUUGUAAUUGCCCUCAUAUACUAUGGAUGUUUACAUGAGAUGAAUUUGAAUAUAUCCUUAACGUGAAAUUUUGUAGGACACAGCUUUAAAGGCAGACCGUAUUUCCUGUUUGGAGGAUGUCUAAUUGCCUGUCCUUUCAUCAGUUCUAAUUGAGUUUUACAUUUGGAAAGUCCCAGUCUUAACCUGUUCGUGACAGUUGUCUUUUGACAUUUAUAGUGUAGCCUAUUAUGUUUUUGCUUUUGCUUCCAAUCUUCUCGGGGGAUCUGCCGUUAUAUAUUGCAGCCAUGUUUGUUGAGUAAAAUUUGCAUAUUCAUGAAGUGGACAAAAAGGACAAUGUUUUGGUUUGCAGAGAUGGGAAACCAUCUGCAUACGGUAGUUGAAAUCAGGCGGGGUUGUCGCUUGUGCACAUUAUUGCUUCUUUUUGAUUGUCUUUAUUUGUUCGUAUAAAUUUCAGG